GUCAUCCAAAACAAGAAGAAAUCCUGUGGCUGCCCUUUGUCUAUACCACAACCACCAAAUCCUAAUUUAGAUAGUCACACAAUCUAACUUGACAAAAACCAAUUUCCCAUAAAGCUCCAAUUUUUCCUUUGUUGGCCAUGAACUUUCACUACCUAAAAAUGGCCAUUACCCUUUCAGUGGCCAUGGCACUGUACACCAAAGCAUCAGCCACCGCAGAGCUUUAUCCCGUCAUAUUAAUACCAGGAAGCGGUGGCAACCAAUUAGAAGCUAGGCUCACGGAAAAGUACAAGCCGUCAAGCUUGCUGUGCAACCGAUGGUAUCCGCUAAAUAAGGACCCGGACGGGUGGUUCAGGCUCUGGUUCGACCCGAGUGUGCUGUUGAGGCCCUUCACCAAGUGCUUCAGCCAGAGGAUGAUGGUCUACUAUGACCCGGAUGAGGAUGAUUACCAUAAUGCCCCUGGUGUUGAGACCAGAGUCCCACAUUUUGGCUCCACUGAUGCUCUUCUCCAUCUUGAUCCUAAUCUCAAGCGAAUCACAUCAUACAUGGAACCCCUCGUCCGAUCCCUCGAGCAAAUCGGCUACUCGAGCGGCAAAAACCUCUUCGGCGCACCCUACGACUUCCGGUAUGCACCCGCCGCAGACGGUCAUCCCUCCCGAGUCGCCUCCCGAUUCCUCUCCGACCUCAAAACCCUAAUCGAAGCCGCGAGCUCCUCCAACGCGGGCCGGCCCGUAAUCCUCCUCACCCACAGCAUGGGCGGCCCGUACGCCCUCCACCUCCUCCACCACUCCCCACUCCCAUGGCUCCAAAAAUUCGUCAAACACCUCGUCACCCUGUCGGCCCCUUGGGGCGGCACGGUCGACGAGAUGUCGACUUUCGCCUCCGGGAACACUUUGGGAGUGCCGCUAGUCGAUCCACUCCUGGUUCGUGACGAGCAGCGGAGUGCCCCUAGCAAUUUGUGGCUCCUCCCGUCGCCCGCGGUUUUCGACCCGAGCAAAACGCUCGUCGUGGGGCCCACCGGCGUUAGCUACACGAGCGGGAGCAUUGCGGAGUUUCUUGGGGAUAUUGGUUUUCGGGAAGGGGUGGGGCCGUACGAGAUGCGCGUGCGGCCGCUGGUGGAGAGGGUGCCGGAGCCGAGGGUCCCGACCACGUGCGUGGUCGGGAGCGGUGUGGAGACUCCAGAGACGUUGUUUUAUGGACGGGGGUUCGAGGAGGGGGCGGAUGAGGUGGCGUAUGGGGACGGGGAUGGGACGGUGAAUAUGGCGAGCCUGCUGGCGUUGGAGACGGCGUGGGGGAAUGGGUCGGUGGUGAAGGUGGUGAGGGUUCCCGGGGUUUCGCAUACUUCUGUGUUGAGUGAUGAGGGUGCUUUGGGGGAGAUAGUUGGUGAAGUUUGGUCUAUUAAUAAUGGGAAGGGUUUUGGUAGGGAGUCUGGUUCGGUUGUUUUGGACAGUUUGUAGUUGUUAAAUUGACUACAUUGGCUAGUUUAUGCCGUCUCUCUCUCUCUCUCUCUCAACGAGAUAGUCAUAUUGUCAUGAUUUUGCAAUCUUUUUACUUUGUAUGAUUUGAAAACGUGGUUUGGGUUGAGGGUUGGGUCUACCUUGGCGAAUUUAGUUGUAUUUAUUAUUUAUACUUGUGUAUUUUUUAUUGGCUUAUUUACAAAAUCACAUCUUUAUUUCAUUUCGAUUGUUCAAACUCCAGAGUCUUGGACCUUAUAUCUAAAGGAAAAUCGAGGCAUACAUGAAACAGGAAUAAACUUGAUUUGACA